UCUCAUUCCUCUUCAACAUUCCAUACCUUCUGUCAUUGUUUUUCACUCACCCCAACAAUAAAUCACUACCCUUCCUCGCUUUUUUUCAACCCACAGAGAUAUUUAUACCCAUAACCCAUAACCCACAACCCAUAAAUACCUCACUAUGACAAGCCAAUCAACUGUCAGCGCAAAGGAUGCUCGCAUCCUCGAUAUGGUCUUCAAUCCCGAGGGCACCAUGUUGCCGGAUAAAGAGACCGAGGCUAUGCUUAACAACGCACCAAUAGCAAUUGAACCUGAAUUACUGAAACGACUCAAGGAUAUGGAAGCCGAGGCUGUACUUCUUGCUGAAAAAGAUGAUAUCAACGGUGCGAUUGCAAAAUUUACAGAGGUCAUUGAACUUUGCCCAACAUACGCCUCUGGAUACAACAAUAGAGCACAAGCAUACAGGAUUCAGGAAAAUACUACAGCGGCUUUGCAGGAUCUGAAUAAGGCGAUUGAGCAUGGCAACGGUCAACCAGCGAUUCUCAAACAAGCCUAUACUCAGCGUGGUAUCAUUAAGAAGUUGAGUGGUGAUAAGGAUGGUGCCCAAGUUGAUUUUGAGCGAGGCGCGCGUUUUGGCAACCCAGUGGCGAAGGCAGUGGCUGUUCAGGAUAACCCCAUUUCACAACUCUGUGGUGCUAUGGUCAUGGAGAUGCUGAACAAAGAAAUCAAUGGAUCCAAGGAGAACAACGAAUCUAAAUAAGCACUAUUUUUAUAAUUUAAUAAUAAAAGAGUUUUUUUAUUGU